UACAACAACAUGGCGGCCCCCAGCGACACUUCCGCUGAUUGGCUCCGCUUUGGUGUUGACCUCCGACCCCCAUCUGCUUCCUCCUUCCUUUUCCGGUGCGGCCGACUGCAGCUUUUAAAGAUGGUUCAGCGCCUGACAUACCGUCGCAGGUUAUCCUACAACACGACGUCCAACAAGACAAGACUCUCCCGGACACCUGGAAACCGCAUUGUGUUCCUGUACACCAAGAAAGUUGGCAAAGCACCAAAGUCCGCAUGUGGGAUCUGCCCUGGAAGACUCCGUGGUAUUCGGGCUGUUCGACCCAAGGUCCUCAUGAGAUUGUCGAAGACCAAGAAGCAUGUUAGUAGAGCCUACGGCGGUUCAAUGUGUGCCAAGUGUGUACGCGACAGGAUUAAGCGUGCAUUCCUUAUUGAGGAACAGAAGAUAGUGGUGAAGGUACUGAAGGCACAGGCACAGAGCCAGAAGGCAAAGUGAUUCGUCUAAUUUUGUAUGCACAUGGAAGUAAAAAACUAAUUGAAACUUU